AUGUCAGUCAGGAAAGAAAGCCCAAAUGAAUCGACUUUUCCCGCAAAUAAGAUCAAUAUUGAACAUACUCAACGUUUCGUUACGUAUCGUAACUUCCUCAGGCUGGUGGACAUGCUGAGUGAUGAUAAUAUCUAUAAAAAAGUGAAUAAGGAUCCAACGUCUAUCUAUCAAAAAAAGAUCAAUAGCUUUAUUGAUGGUUUGGUGGAAGAAAAACAGGUGGAUGAGUUCAUUGGGAAGAGUCUGAAGGCUAAUAAUACUGUGCCACCGAAGAUCUAUGGACUGAGAAAGGUCCAUAAACAAGGGUGCAAAUUAAGACCUGUGGUGUCUUGUAUAAAUUCUCCAUGUUAUAAUUUAGCAAGGCAUUUACACAAAUUACUAAUCCCACUCAUUGAUACGUUUGAGAUGAAUGUCAAAAAUUCGUCUUCGUUGGUGAAUAAGCUUAGCUCAGUAAAACUACCAACUGGCUACAUUUUAGUUUCUUUGGAUGUCGUAUCGUUGUUUACAAUGAUCCCUAAGGACUUAGUGAUAGAGAUAAUAUCGAAGCCUGAGGAAGUUACGAUACGUAACUAA